AUGGAGGCGCUGCGGCGGCCGGCGCUGCCCGAGGACGCGGUGCGCUCCCGCCUGUUCGCGGCGGCGGCGGGCCCGGGCGGCGAGGCGCUGCUGCGGCGCUGCGCUGAGCUGGCCCUGGUGCGCUUGGCCCCGCUCCUGGCCGCCUGCGUGUGGCAGCGGCAGCCGUUCCGCCUGCGCUACGUGCCGGGCCGCGGUGAGCCGGGAGCGGGCCGGGAGGCGCGGCGGGAGGAGCGCCCGGAGCGGAGGGACUGGGAGGGGCACCCGGCGGCCGGGAACCGGGAGCCACUGGUGCAGCAGCAGUUUGUUCCAGACAGACGCAGUGGAUACACCCUGCCCGCCCCAGCUCAUCCUCAGUACGGAGCCUGCGAGCUGGGCAUGAAGCUGGCUCAUGGCUUUGAAAUGUUGUGCUCCAAGAGCAGUAAAGUGGCUCCUGAUGCCAAGAGAAACGUGUUAAGCGGUCCUCUGUGGGAGAGAUUCCUCAGGAGCUUGAAGGAGAAGGAUUAUUUCAAGGGAGAAAUGGAAGGAUCAGCCAAGUACCUGGAACUGUUGCACAUGGCAGAAGAUCACUUCCAGCAAUCUGUUGCAGUGCCAGAAAGCUGUGAUGAAGUGAGCCCAGGUGAUGAAAUCCUGACACUACUACAGACAACCCCCAUUGAUGUGAAGGAAUUGGAGAGAGAAGCAGCUUGUCUUCCUGCAGAGGAUGAUGACAGCUGGCUGGAUAUUACACCAGGUGCUCUGGAUCAGAUGCUGAGGGAGACAAGAAAUGAGUCCCUUCCUUCCCCAAAUGAGGAGGAGCAAAAGUAUGACUUGGAAACAGUUGCUGAGAGCAUGAAGGCUUUUGUGUCCAAAGUCUCCACGCAGGAAGGAGCAGAAAUGCCAUGGUCAUCUGAUGAAUCCCAUGUUACCUUUGAUGUGGAUUCUUUUACAAAAGCCCUGGACAGAAUUUUAGGGGCAGACUCAGAGGAGCUGGAUUGUGAUGAUGUGGAUGAAGAGGAGGAGUUUGCUUUCUCAGCUGAGGAUGAUGAGGAGCUGGAUGCUGGGAAUGGAAGGCAGGAGCAGAAGGUGUCUCCUGAGGAGCUCGUGGGCAGUCUCAAGGCGUACAUGAAGGAGAUGGACCGUGAGCUGGCACAGAGCAACGUUGGGAAAAGUUUCAGCAGCCACAAGAGAGGGGCAAGUUCUGUUGGAGCAGCCCCAUGUGAGAGUGCUGGCCCUGAUUGUGGAGCUGAGGCUGCUGAGCUGGCAGCCCUGGCUGUGGACAUGAACCUGGUGGCAAAGCUGCUCGAGUCCCACAGUGCCCAGGCUGGCCUGGCAGGACCCAGCUGGAAUUUACAGAGCCUGGGGGUGAAUUUACCUGAGAGCACAGAGCUCACUGGCAGCUGAGCAAGGCAGGGAGAGCCUUUGCACAAGACAUGGCUGCUGGGGAGAUGGAGCACAGACACACAAGCAGGAUGUGGGAGAAGAGGCCAAAGCAGUUCAGGGAGAGCACUGGCAGGUUGGACAGGGAUUAGAGAUGGACAGCAAGAGCUGGGAAGUGUGAAGAAGG